AUGGGAGACAUGUUCGAGGCAAUCCGCUUAGCACACGCAGCAAUCGACUCCCUCCCUCAGAAUGACCCGAGGCGGCCCCGGUGGACAGAAGGCUUCGAGCUCGUGUUGGGCGACAGGUUCUCCCAUGCACAGGGGGCCUCCGACAUCCAAGACGACCCUUUAGAUGACUCCUCGUACAUUCAGGACUGCGGUCCAGGCGAGCUCGGCUCCCGACCUCCGCCCCCCCGCCGCCCGCUCGGUUGUGGCCGCCGAAACCUUCCGUACAACGAUGAUGGAGCCUUGAGCUUUAUCGACAUCAUGUCUGGUUCCUUUGAUAGGAACGGACGCUGGUCAUACAGGCCAAUACAAAGAGGUAUCUUCACCGGUGGCGUCCGAAGAAUUGACGUCGGAACAUACGACUAUGCGCCGGGUGACUUCAUCUACAAUAACGAUGACGGAACGCCACACGUUAUUAGUGCUCAUGAAGCCAAUUUGCGUCAUCAUCGUCGGUUUCUCGGUAUCGAUACUUGGCUGUACCUGGCAGAUACGAUUCCAGAAAGGCUCUUCCGCAAAGAAAAUUCCACCAAGGCUCAAUCGUCUCCCGAGUCUAAGCUUUGCGACGAGUGCAGAGUCAUUGACCUUCAGAACACCUUCGGUACCCUUCAUGAACCCAGAGAUGGCUGCGAUCUAUGUCGCAUGCUGUCCAACUAUCAAGCGGGAGAUCAUUCAAAGACAAAGCUACUGAACGCUCGGCAUUUAUUCAGAGUCUGCCUCACACCCAACGCAGAUGAAGACCUGGCUGCAGCCGCAGAAAACGAAUCUACGCGGCCCGAAAAGACGGCGGAAAGUGUUCUUGAGGACGUUGGAAGCUAUGCCGAAAUCGAUGAUGAGACUGACGCUGAAAGCGAUGUCGAAAGUGAAAGCUCGAAUUCGGGAUCGGAAGAAUCAGAGGUCGUGAUCAGAUUGUCAGAGGAUGCUAGAAGUGACGCCGAAAGCGAAAGCUCGCUUCCAUGGGAAAAAGAACCGGGCUUGUUUCCAGGGCUUCCAGCAUUCUUGGAUUCAGGAAGUCCAGAACACUUCAGCCUGAUCAAAGAGUGGAUUCGCCUAUGCGACGAGGGUAAAUGCGGACACCCGGCCGGUUGCGCCCAAAAACCUAGUUCCAACGAACAGCCUUCUCGGUUCAUUCGCGUAGGAGGUUCCGCAAGCUCUGCUGCAGAUGUUGUUCACCUGGUUGCUACGGACAUCAUAACAACUGGACAUGGAGAUGUCUCCUACAUUGCCCUGUCUCACUGUUGGGGCAGCCAUCCCAACGGUCGUCCACCCUGGUCCACAACUCGUGAGAAUGCAAAUGAGCGCUUCGCCCAGGGGAUUUCCGUCUCGAGCCUACCAGCCAACUUCCAGGAUGCAAUCCAUGUCACGCGUGCCCUGGGAAAGGAGUAUCUCUGGAUAGAUUCUCUUUGCAUAUUGCAAGGAGACAGAGAGGAUUGGCUCUCGGAAGGCAAGAAGAUGGCAGGAAUAUUUCGCAAUGCCUACUGUAUCAUCGCCGCGUCAUCUGCGGCUUGUUCUACCGACGGCUUCCUCCGACGGCCGCGAUCGCCAGGCAAGUCUGUCUUCGUUCCGCAGUCUUCGCGCGGUCCCGUGUAUUUCUGCGAAGACGUCGACGAUUUCUCGGGUGACGUCGGCCUGGCGGUGCUGAACUCCCGCGCAUGGGUCUUCCAGGAACGGGCGCUAGCAAGGAGGACGAUACAUUUCACCAAGAGACAGACCUAUUGGGAGUGCGGCGGUGGCGUGAGGUGCGAGAGUCUGACGUACAUGCGCAACGAGGGAAAGGCAUCUCUGCUAUCCGAUCCCGACUUCCCUUCAUCUCUAAAAGAACGCGCCCUGGUGACAAAGAUCAAACUCUUCACGACCUUGUUUGAGACUUACACCCAGCUCGACAUCACCCAACAGUCAGACAGGCCUAUUGCCAUCUACGCGUUGGCCCAGGAGCUCGGCCGCGCUUUGGACACCAACAUCCGAUACGGAGUCUUUGAUAGGGCCUUACACCGAGGUCUUUUAUGGCGACGAGCGCAGGAGGAGUCUCUUGAACAAAUAGCAUUCGAAGCAGACAGCCAAGUACCGUCUUGGUCCUGGAUGGCAUACACUGGACCGAUCAAGUUUGCCGAAAUCUCACAGCUGCUCGAGUGGGACGACACCGUAAAGGUUGACGCCGCCGGCUCGAUGGCGGCACGACAUGUGAAAUUACAGAUCAACCCUGAAGCAUACCGGAUCCAUGAUGACGGUUUGUGCAACCGCAUCAUUGAUCCCACAAGCCAAGAGGAACACCUCACUGGCGAGAUGUGGGUGGAUAAACCCGGACAUUUGGCUGUGUCGGACAUACAAGACGCGGUGGUCUUGGGAAGACAAGCCGAACAGCAGGAAGUGAUUGGAAUUCCGAUCAAGCACCCCGGAACUCUCUUGGGAGACAAAAGAAAAUACUUUGUACUUCUAGUUGAGGAGCGUGAAGGGGGGCAUUUCGAGAGACUUGGCAUUGCGUUGGUCGAGCGUCGACUCAUUCGAGCUGAGGAUAGUAGAGGUCUCGUUCAAGUCCAGUAA